AUAACCGAUAGACGAAAAACGACAAAACAUCAAGAAAAUGACAGUUCGUAAAAGCUCCAGUGCAUCUCGCGAGGUUGAUUAUGACGAUCUGUUAUCUUCUGCUGGUACUUUUGGCAAAUACCAGUGGUACUUAUUUAUGAUAAGUGGCCCCUUUUAUCUGGCUGAUGUGACAGCUUAUUUCGCUCAACUAUUCAUCACUGAAGCGUCACCGAACCAUUGGUGUUGGAUUCCAGAGUUGAAGAACUUAACGGCCAUCGAAAGACGAACUCUGGCUAUACCGUCAGAUGGCAACAGUCGCUUUGGAUAUUCACAAUGUUAUGCUUAUAAAGCUAACUGGACAGAGGUCUUGAAAACUGGUCAAUAUCCAAACGAAACAUGGAGUGUUCAACCGUGCCAACACGGCUGGGAGUACAACAAAACAGAAAUCCCCUACCCGACUAUAACUAGUGAUCUUGGGUGGUACUGUGAUAAGAACAGCUAUCAAGCAACCGCACAGUCUAUUUCCUUCCUUGGAUCCAUCGUGGGAGGGUUUAUUAUUGGCUGGAUUGCUGACAGGUUUGGACGAAUACCUGCCGUCACAGUGAGCAACAUGAUCGGAUGCAUCGGCAAUAUUGUCUCAAUUUUUGCUACGGAUAUUAUUGUGUUUUCUGUUUGCCGAUUCAUUAUGGGCAUGUGUUUCGAUUCUUGUAUGAUGAUGGCGUACCUUAUCGUAUUGGAAUACGUAUCUCCGAAGUAUAGGACAAUAAUCACAAAUGUACCGUUUGCAAUUUUCUUUACAUUGGGCUCGACGGCGAUACCUUGGAUUGCUUUGGUUUGUAACGAUUGGAAAAUAUUUUGUGUAGUGACGAGUAUCCCGAUGGCAUUCUGUAUGUUUGCUCCAUUCAUAUUACCAGAGAGUCCACGUUGGUUAUUAUCCAAAAAUCGAGUGGAUGAUGCUAUCAGAAAAGUGCAGAAAAUAGCAAAAAUAAACGGUAAAACUAUCCCGGCCGAAUUGAUUGAAGAUUUCAAAUUGUCGGUGAAAAAUCAGAAGGAUUACGACAGCUCCAGUUUUUUGGAAGUUUUUAAGCGACCGUUGACCAGAAAAGUGUUUAUCUGUAUGUGUUUAUUAUACAUGUGCUGUGCUAUAGUGUUCGAUGCGCUCUUCCGAAGCAUAGGCUCGUUGAGUUUCGACUUUUUCCUAUCAUUUACUUUAGUUUCCAUUACCGAAUUACCAUCAAUUAUAAUAGUAGCAUUUUGUUUAGAUCUGUCUGGUCGUAAAUUAAUGUCGGUGGUAAUGCUCCUCGUGUGCGCUGUUUUUUGUAUCGCUAUGACUUUUAUAGGUGGAGGUCUGCCAUCGGUGCUUUGUGCUAUAGCGGCUAGGUUCGCGGUUAACAUAUCUUUCAAUGCCGCUAUGCAAUGGUGUGCAGAGAUCAUGCCGACAGGCGUGCGGGGUACCGCAGCGAGCGUGGUACAUAUAUGUGGGUAUGUAGCUACAGUUAUAUCUCCGUACAUAGUAUAUCUAGAGAACUUCGUACCUUGGUUGCCCUUAGCAAUAAUAGGGGUGAUUGCUAUUUUGGGUGUGUUAUUUUCUUUGCCAGUGCCUGAAACAGCGGGUAAGGAGAUGCCGCAGACAUUUGAGGAUGCAGAAAAUAUGAUUUUGAAUGCAAAGUUAUUCGAAGUGCCAUUUUUAAAGAAAAGACUGAACGCAUAGAUAAAUAGUAAAUAAGAAGUAGGUAUAUUACGCAAGUGUUGAAUGAAUAAAAUUGAUGUGACGUGGA